AUGUCCUAUGGCGGAGAUGUCAAUCGAGGGCCUUUCCUCAAUACCCUCAACUGGAUCCUCCAGGCCUUCUCUCUUGUUGCUGUGAUACUCCGACUACUCUCCCACCGGCUACGCGACAAGCAUGACUGGGGGGUCGAUGACCUUCUCAUUGUUCUGGCAGUUGCUAUUCAUCUAGCCCGAUCAAUCCUCCUAUCCAUCUCCAUUGAAGCCGGCUUCGGGCGACAUUUACCGGAGCUACUCGAGCAUGAGCCCGCCGAGAAAGUCACCCAUCUGCUGCACGAGCUGGUGGUGCUGCAGGCGAUCGGGCUCUGGACGUUCGCUGUGCCAAAACUGCCGGUAGUUGCGCUGCUCGUCCGGCUCUUUGGUCGAGUCACGCGGCACGCAGUCGCCUUGUAUGCCUCGGCCUUGGCUCUGAUUGUUUUGGUUACAGUGAUUACCAUCACCACAUUUGUCCAAUGUACCCCCGUGGCUGCCCAGUGGGAUACUUCCCUCCACGGCAAAUGCUGGAAUCGAGACAUUAAUGUGGAUUUGGGGUAUCUGGCUGGAGGUAUGCUUACGUUCCGCCUCUACUCUUUCUGGAAACUUUAUGGCUCUAAUGCGAGUGUUCUGCAUAUCCGGAUCCUGCAGAUGGAACGCAGUCGGAAGGCUUUGAUUGCCGGGUCGAUGAGUCUCGGGUUCCUAGGCGGGAUUGUCACGGUCUACAAAUUAACCACCAUCCAUCAAAUCAAUGACACCCUGGACCCCACCUGGGCCACCGUGCCGCUCGAAGUCUGGAAUAGCGUCGAAGGCUGCGCCCUCAUCCUCGCCGCCUGCGGUCCCAUGGUCCGUCCCCUGAUCAACAGUCUCUUCCAGUCUAUAUGGAUGCCCCUGUCUAGGCUGGGAAGCAACUUUACCAACACCCAGCCAUCGCAGACUACCGACUUGCCCACGACGGCUACUAGUGCGGGUGCAACUCUGUCGCUGUCCUCGACUGCUGAUGAUGGCGUCACACUUCUGAAGCAGAGUAGUCACCAGAAGAGGGAUUACAGUCAGGUGGAGAUGGCGAGAGGGAUUCCUUUGGCGGAGAUGCGGAAGGGUGACGCUGGUGGUCGUGGGGGGCGGGAACGGAUGAGGCGGUGGUUGGAUGGUGUUGGGCAUCGGAAAUGA